AUGAAAGCGGCUUCCAAUUUUAUACAAAGCACGGCAUCAACUGUUGAUUCAUCACCAUCGACUCAUACAAAAUGGUUAUUAUCAAUAUUUAUUGACUAUGAUGAAAUUGAAAAAUGCGAAUUUAUUCUUAAAUUACUAUUACCUCUUUCAUCUCAUAUUCCAGUCUUAAAACCAGCGUACAAUUCAUCUACUUAUGCUGCAUUUCGUCCAAUUCGGUUGACAUCUUCACGUACAUUGUAUUAUUCUACUUCUACACCAAUGACAACGACAAUUAAUUUAAGACAAUCAAAAUUUCCACAAGCAUACGCUCUAAUGUUAAAAAAUUUUUCUCGUCUAAUAAAACCGUCACCAUCCAUCACACAAUAUUUAUCUUUUGAUACUUUGUGGUCACUUAUGCCAGAUAUUAAUGAACAACAACAAUUGGAAUUAAACACUUUAUACGAUGUAAAGACGACGACAAUGAUUUAUGAUAUUAUGCCAGAGAUUUGGAGUGAAAUCGGUAAACAAGAAUUAUUUUAUAGUGUUACCGAUGGUUGGGGAUAUGUAGCAAUUGAAGAUAUGAUUAUAAAUAAUGUUGAAGAUCCCAUUCAACAAGACAUUCUUACUUAUGUGUUUAGCGAAGCGAAUGCACCCAUUGUUAUUCUUCCACGACAUGUUGUCGAUGGUCUAUGUAAAUAUUCGAAUAAACUCUAUUUACAAGUAAUGACGCCAUUUCAUGCAAGUGAAUUAUUAUCAAAAAAUUCAUCAAUUCUUCAACGUUUGUCUGUUGAACAAAAACUAUCAAUUUUAACAUAUAUUAUUUUAAAUGAUACUGAUCCAAGUAGUCUUGUAUUAGAAUUACAAUUAUUACCAUUGGCUAAUGGACAAUUUAUUCAAUUUCAAACAAAAACCAAUACAUUGAAAAAUGUUUAUAUUUUAGAUGAUGAAGAUUAUUUGCAAUUGUUCGCUCAACAGACGUAUGAACAAAUAUUAAAACCAAAUAUUAAUAAACAAUUAUUUAACGUAUUAUCAUCGAAAGAAUUUCAAGGUAAGAAUGAAUAA